UUCAUCCAGCUCUCUACACCUUGUUAUCUCAGAUUCUCCAGCAUCUGCAAUUCCUACUAUCUCUACCUAAUGUUUUGUUAUUUUUGAUUGUACCAACUCCAACCAUUAUUUUAUAAGUGUUCUAUUAUCGCAUCCUUUAUAAUAGAUUCAGGCAUCUUAACUACUACUACUACUAAUAAUAAUGUCAGGCUAAAAAGCCUGUAGUUCAACAUUUUCUCUCUCCCUCUUUUCUCCAAUUGUAGAGUUACAUCUGCUACCUUUCAAUGUGUAGGCACAAUUCCAGAAUCUGUAGAAUUAUGGAAAAUGACAACUCAUGGAUCUGCUAUCUGUACAGCUUCCUCUUUUCAAAAUUCUAGACUGUAGGUCAUCAGAUCCAGGAUAUUUAUCAGCUUUCAGUCGCAUUGUAGGAAUAUGUACCUUUUAUUAGCUCUUACUCUUCUAAGAGUAAAUACUCUUAGAAAGGAAGGUACUUCCUUCAAGUGACCACGACGAAGUAAGAUGAUAACUCACUAAUGCACAGGUAAUAAAAAGUCAGCACUUCUACAAGUUUACCGAACCCUGACUGAUUUGUUGAAAACACAAACGCUGCAUGAAAAAUCAUGAAAAUGUGAAACCUAGUAAUAGUUGUUGAAGCCAAGACUUAAAAGAUAAUAUGUCAUAGAGGCCAAAACAAAUAAACAAUUGAGAAUGAACAGAAUUUAUAACAGAUCUACACUGGAGUUGGAAAAUCAAAAAUGAUCAGCAACAACAUUGACAACAUCACCAACAACGGUGCAACAUUGACAGCAUCAGAAACAAAUGUCACAAUAUUGGCAACAUCAGGCACAAUUCCUACAACAAGUGCAGCAACCACAAUAUCCCCUGUGCAGCAUGUCACCCCAUCAAUGAGUGCAAUGAAUGCCAACUCUACAAUGUGCUACAACCUAAGUAAUGCCAUGAGUAAUCUUUUGAGUAAAGAAUGCUAAAUAAGUUAUAAUGAACUCAAGAGGUGAUUAGUUCAAUUGUAUAAGUCAUUUGUUAAUCAUCUUUAGUUAUCACAUAUCAAUAAACUGUUAAUUAUAGGGAUAAUUAUGUUGAUGUGUAGGCAUGAUAUGUAUAAAGUUGGAAGUUGUCAUGAUUCAAUGAGCAAAAGACGACUUAUGUGGAUGUUCACAUUAGGUAUAUGGAUGCAAUGUUGUAUUAAUUGUACCACCAUGUAUGUCCACCAACCACAUGGAAAAAGAUCAAUUGAAAAUGCAUUCGCUGACGCUCUAGUCAAUGUCAUUUGAGCCCCAUACAGCAAAUCUGUAUGUCGCUGUCUAGGAUAAAGAGCAUUUCUUUGGCUUCUUGUGUUGUAUUGAUCUGUUGUUAUGUUGUGUUAGAUUGCUGCAAAUACUUCAACUUUAUCUUUUGCAGUGAUGUGUUGGGCUCUUUCAUUGACCAUGGGGAUAUUUGUGGUAUCCUGCUUCAGUGAUUUGUUAAAUUUUCCUAUACUGUAGUGAAAAUGCAUACAAUUCUUUGAAGCUAUGAUGAAAAUGUUUCUUGACAGAUGUAUUGUUUGAAUGAAUAUUAUGGGAUAUUAUAAUUGCAUACGUAUUUGAUCUUUGUAGGUGCGCAGUGAAAGAUGGAUGAUGAUGAGUUUGGAGGAUUUGAGGCAGCAGAGAGCUUUGAAGAUGGUGAAAUGGGAACACAGUCAGUCUCACCAGCCAUCCCCUGGGCAGCAUUUUCUACAGGACAGGCAGUGGAACUGGCUCAAAGGUCUUCAGAUAUCCCUGAGCACCAAACUGCAAAAUCUGUUGGAAUCUGCACUGCAGAAGCUGUCUCUCUUCCAGAAGAUGAGUCUAACUACACCUUGAGAGCUGAAUCAGAGGAAAAUGCCCUUUUGGAACAAGGAACAUUAAUGGAAAAGGGCAAACAUGUUCAGCAAAUGUCCCAACCAUCAUUGAACAUUUUACCUGCAUCAACAAGCUUACCCGAGAAAAGAGAUCCACAAUCUGUGGAUGUUCUUGCAGGUCACAUGGUGGCUGUAGAAACAAACAAAGUGGAAACAUGCUACAAAGAAACAUUAGAAAAUAUCGAAGCAAAGCUUUCUACUGCAGAUGAAAAGGAGCUCAGAAUAAAAGAGGAAGUGUUUGAGAAGUAUUCAAAGUUAGAGGAACAUCUGCAAGAAGGAAAAACAGAGGAAAUUUCAUAUGAAGAUUCCUACAAUCAGCUCCAGGAUAAACACAAACAAGAGCUGGAAGACCUGAGGAAAGCUGGUCAUGAUGCCCUAAGCAUUAUCAUUGAAGAAUUUAAGGCAUUAACAAAGUCUGCUGUGCAACAGCAGCAAGAAGCAAGCAGAAAACACCUUCAAUCAGCCAUAGAGAGGCAAAUGCAGAAGUGUGAAGAAUUGCUCAACACACAGCAUGAGCGACUGCUUGACUUACUGGAGAAAGAAAAAUGUGUCUUCCAAAAUAAGAUAAAGGAAGCUUUGGAGGAACAAACAAAACAGCAUAAGGAGACACUUGAAAGAUGUAUUGCUGAAGAAAGACUACGAAGCACCGAGGCAAUGGGAGAAGUUGUAAAGGCAGAAAAGGAAAUCAUUAUGGAGGCUGUUUUGAAAGCUGUGCAAGAGGAGAGAGAAAGGAUGGAAAAGAUCCAGCUGGAAAAAAGAGAACUAUGGGAAAUUGAGCGUUGUAAGGACCAAGAAAAAUUUGAACAGUCUAUCCAAGCAGCAUUCCAAGAAGAGAGGGAAAAAAAUCAGGAGGCCAUAAGAGAAGCUGUAAACCAUGAAAGAAGAAGAGCUGAGAAAGCUGUAACAGAGGCAAUUCAUAAAGCAAGGGAGGACACGAUUAAAUACAUCAAAGAGCAAAAAAGGUGAAAAUGGAAUCCGGUAGAAAUGGAUGAAACUUCUGAAUCCAGGACCUUGGAGCCUCUACAAUUUCUCCCCGAUACACAGCAGGCAAACUCAGUUUCACUGAAGAUGAAAUAAUAUGCAGCAGCUAUAUGCUAUUUUCAACAUGAUUUAAUGUUUGUUACAUGAAAUCUUUAGACUUCCUUUGCAGUAGCAGCCAAGCAAAGAAUAGUACAUUACAUGUUAACCCAAGGAUAUUUACAAUGGGGUAUUCAGGAAUGAUAAUACUAUUGAAUGUUAAGGGAAGAUGAUUAGAUUUUCUCUUGUUGGAUGGUCAUUUGUCUGACAUUUGUGUGACACAAAUAUUAUGUGCCACUUAUCGUUUGAAGUCUGAAUGUUGUCCAGAUCUUGCUGCCUAUGAACUUGAAGUGCCUCAUUAUCGGAGAAGUUUUGAACAGAGCUGAACAUUGUGCAAUCAGUGAAAUCUUCACCUCUGACCUUAUGAUAAAAGGAAAGUCAUUGGGACUCUUGUGGUGCAGUUGUAGUUGCCCUACCUCUGAGCCAGAAAACCUGGUUUCAAGUCCAACCUGUUCCAAAGGUAUGUAAUAACAUCGCCAAACAGUUUGAUUAGAAAAUAUCUAGAAGGAAAGUUAUUGAUGAAACAACUGAAAUAGUUGGGCCAAGGGCACUACCCUGAGGAACUCCAGGAAUUGAAUGAUUGACCUCUAACCGUCACUAUCAUCUUCCUUUGUAUCAAGUGUGACUCCAACAGUGGAGAGUUUUUCUCUGUGAUUUUCAUUAACCCUCCAGUUUUGUUACGGCUCCUCAGUGUCACAAUGGGUUAAAAUCAGCUUUGAUGUCAAGGGCAUUCAGCUGGUGUUCAGCUCUUGACCAUGUUUGGACCAAGGCUAUUAUGAUGUCAGGAGCAGUGUGAAUCUGGCAAAACCUAGUGAUUGUCAGUGAGCACAUCUGUUCAGAGGGAAAAAAAACAGUUUUUAAAGUCUAUUCACAUAAUUGAAAUCACCCAUUCCUGGAGCUAUUCUGAUAAAAUUUUUGAGGGUUUACAGAAGAAAUUUAUGUGCCCAGAAUUGGACAUUUGUUAAUACUAAAGCCAAACUAGUGUUCCAUGUAGUUUCAUUUGUAUUCUACCACUAUUUAUAAAGCGAAGGAACCCAUUUGCUUCAUGAGCCGUGUUAUGACCACCUGACUUUCGUAAGACGGUAGCAUAAUAUAUAGUGUGCCUUAGGGUUUUCAGUUGUGUUAACAAUUAUUAGGGAAUAUAGUUUGGUGCAUUGCUUGCCUACUAAGCAAUAUUAAGUCAAUGUGAAUUUUGGUUUGCUUACAGUAGAAACCUUAUAUGUAUUAAAUUUUGUUGCAUGAUACA